ACACUGUUCUCGCCCGGGCCUCUCGCCGGCCACCCCACGCGGCGCUCGCCCUCGCAACCCUUAACGUCCUCCUUCGCCGAGAGAGAGCCGUCGUCCAACAUCCACGUCCGCGACGUACGCCGACGGCGAUAUCUCAGCGUCUUCUCGCCCACGUCCGCUUGGUCCAUCCCGCGACUCCGGGCACCGUCCCGCCGCUGUCCCGCACGGACGUCUCUCCGAGCCGCCGAGUCAGAGCUUCGGGGGUCACUCGCGAGGCAUCGGGGGUACCACACAUCCCUCGUGCGAGCUCGCGGUCCCGCUUAGGACGACACCGACAGCCCGCCGGUGCGGUAGGGUGCGAUAAGAGGGGUACACGAGGAACCGACGAAGCUGUAAAGGUCCACCCCUUUCGCGACGCUGAUCAUCUCUCGGCGACUUACCUUCUUUGCUACCUUUGCGCUCCCGCCAGCCCAGAAAAUGAUGAGCUCGACGCUGAUGAUCCUCGUGUCCGUGACGACCAUGGCAGUGCUGUCCGGCGAAGCACUCGCCACGUUGCCCGCUCAGUGCAACCCGGGAUAUCUCGACGAGCUUCCGCCCAGACUGCGUAAAAUCUGCGUCGCCAUCGCCAGAAUAUGGGACGUCAGGGACAUGAACGACUUCAUCGACGACAGAGAAUACCGGGAGAACUUGCCGCGGUACGACAGCGGUGUCAAGAGGCAAGACGUCGAUCAUGUUUUCUUGCGCUUCGGGAAACGACGUUAGAACCAGGCAUCGCACCCCCCCCCCCGCUCUCCAUUCGCAAGCGAUAAAUGAUUCGUGUUAAGUUCCCCGGGCAAAAGCGAAACCAAACGAACCCGUAACAACCCGCCGAAAGAACGAUCGAUCCUAGUCUCGUUAAUGGUCGUUAGUGGUCUAAUUACUUUUGUUUUCGCCGUAUCUAAACAGCAUUCAAGAUAUCAAAUUGGCCCCCUCGAGCGCCCUGAGUCACCCCCGCGCGAAAGUAAGUAUAUAUCUCGUUAAAUAUGAAUUUUAAGCGUAUUAGCGCAAUUAGUUCGUCCUCUUUGUUCGACAAAAGCGAGAAGUUUAAAGGGACUUUAAUUAGCAAUUAAACGUAUUAAUUAUAUUGCAGCCUAUUAACGGCCAACGUUCCAUUCAUGGGACGAGAAUUUCACGUUGUAAGAUAAUUUCGUUACACGAUAAUUUUGAUAAUAUAAAUAAUCUUCCUCUCAACACUUUAGAUAAUAUCCCGACAUACUGAAAUACUAAAGACAUAAUUGUGUAACGCGCCCGAAAGAAAUAAUUAGAUAGUUACGGAAAUAAAAGUCUCACGACAUCCCAUUCCCUUCGUUAGUCUUAAAUAAUUUUACGAGUAACGGCAAAUGUGUCAGCUGCUAAAUAUUAAACGCUCCUUGAAAAUUUAAGCCACUCUCAAUUCUCUAUAUGUUGCCUCACCACAAAUAAAAAGCGUGCCACAAUGAUGCACAACAUUUUAAUCUAUACUGUAUCACACUGCGAAUGUACCGCAUUUACUCGUCUAUUAAUUAAUCAAUCAAUUAAUCAUUGAUGCGCUACUUUAACUAUUAGAUCAUAGUCAACCUUAACAUCGCCACCUUACGAAUGUAAGAACGUAGGAACGUUGUGCCAGGCAGUAGGCUCAUUGAUUUUCACGCGACAACUAUUUCCAAAUAGCUACGCUCGUCUUCGCGUCGUAAGAUAACAAUCCCCCAUAUCAAAGUAAAGAGUGCCCUACGAGACCUACGCGCGCCAUUUGUUUUAUAAAUCAAUCACUUUGCGCCUCGUAACGCGAUCGGCGUCAUUGACAAUUAGUCUGAACGCAAGAUUCAAUUAAACGUAAAAUUAAAUUUAUUCAAAUGAAUUCCUCGAACGUGCAAGUGUUAGUAAUACCUGAAAUUCAUAUAUAAUGUACGCACCCGAAUCUGUUGUUUAAUUUAAUUCUAUUUACCCAAAUGAGAUUCGCUUGAUUAAAUUUCGGUGCUAUGCACAGGCCUAUUUCAGAACUGGAGAGGGACGGACUCUCUUUCUCUCUGCCUCUGUCUAUCGGGGCGUUUAUUUCAUAAAGAUUUAAAUAAAUUUUUUCAAGAAAACAUCGAGAAGAAAUUGCCUUCGAAUCUCGUACUAUUUAAUGUAACGUUAUAUUGGAUGAUUGCAUAGGUUCGUGUCCGAUUUAAAGAUACACUUAAAUAGGUUCAAUUUUAAAGAAUCAUCAUAAUCAAUUGGAAAGUCUCCAUUCUCUUCUCUACAAUUGUUUUCCAACGAUCUACAAGCUUGUCAUUAUUCUUGAGGGCGAUGAACGAUGUUUCGUAAAUGCCACUAAUUGUAAGUGGUUUCUUAUUAGCGACUUAUCACAGAUCGCCACUGAAUUUGACAACGCCACGUGUUUACUUAUCUGUCCCGACUUGUUAAAGCGGCACCUUCGAUUCCGACCUAAUCAAUUGGUCUGUCCGAAUUCCCAACAAUUGUCUGUCCCGCCGCAUACGCUCCAAGGGUCCCUGUCCUAAGAGAUAUUCACACUGUCCCCAAUGUCUCUGCGUCUUACGUCGUCGGAUAUAAAUUUGCAACUCGUUACGGAUGCGUUAUCACUCACGGAAUGGACGGAACUGUAAGAUAUGGCCGAUGCGACGCGUGCUAAUGCACGCAUACUGCGAGGUAAUAAUAAAAUAUAUUUAUUAUAUAUAACAGAUAAAUAUAUACACACA